AUGCUCUCCGCCCUCCUCCUCCUCGCCGCCUCCCUCCACGCAGCCACCGCAGCCGCCCUCGGUGCCGCCCCCCGCUGGAGACCAGACCUGCGCGGCUCCAAAGUGACCAGAAGCCUCCGCGCGCGUAGCAGCAUCCUGGGAGGCCUUGGCGAUGGCCUCACGCCGAGCACCGUUGCCCCGAAUACGACCAUCGUCCCCCUCACCCUCGCCUCGGACAAGCAGACGUAUUAUGCGCUCUCCAAAAUCGGCAACGUCAAUCUCCGCCUCGCCCUCGACACCGCGUCCGCCGACCUCUGGGUCGUCUCCUCGGACUGCACGAGCAGCGACUGCGAUCUGCCAAGAUACCCGCUCGCCUUCGAGAGCGCGACGUUCGGCGCGGUCAACAGCAACAACACGGCUUUCGAGAUUAGCUAUGCGGACGGCACAGGCGCGAAGGGCUUCAUUGCCCGGGAGUCUGUGAGCAUCGGUAAUAUGACGGUGGGGAACCAAGCACUGGGUCUGGUGUCGUCAUCAACCGUUCCUUUUCCCGACGAUAUCAGCGGCGUGCUUGGUCUGGGCUUUCCCAGACUUUCCAGCAUCUCGUCCGCGGUGGUAAAUGCGACACCGUUCUUCUCGACUAUGGCGCAGAGCGCCGCACUCAGUUACCCUGUGUUCGGCCUGAGCUUGACACGAGACUCCAGCGGUAGUUUGACGUUCGGGGGCAUUGAUAGUUCUGUUGUGAACAACAGGACUUUGAUCGAAUGGAAUGAGGUUGUGCCGUUUGCACCGUUUUCCGGAUCGUCGGGCAACAGCUCGAGCUAUCUGCACUGGGUAAUUGGCCUGGAGUCGAUCUCGGUCAGCGGGUCUUCAAUCACUCCGAACCCUUCCUUCCCCGCACAGACGAUGAAUACUUCCCUGGCCCUGAUCGACGCUGGAACCAGCGGGAUUAUCGGUCCUUACCAGGAUGUCGCGCAGAUAUUCUCCAAGAUUGAAAGCGCUCGUCUUGUAGAUGAAGACUCUGGCCAGUGGGUCGUGCCUUGCGAGGUCCAGGACACCAUUGCGUUCAACUUUGGAGGCGUUGACUUUCUCAUGCAACCCACCGACUACCUCAUCGGACCUGCUUCUGGAAAUCCCAAUCUUUGCCUUUCAUGGCCUCAAGGCCGCGCCCCCCAGGCUGACGGCAUCGACUGGCAAAUUGGUGCUCCCUUCUUGCGGACAGUCUAUUCGGUAUUCAGCCAUGGUAUCAACGCCAAGGAGCCGCCUAUGCUUGGCUUCUACUCCAUCGCCAACGCCACGACGCUCACUCAGUCCACCGCCUCCGUCGCUGCCUUCCUCGCCUCAAACUCGGCAACCGUCGCGACCACGCUCCCGAACUCGCUCCUCAACACGCCCACCACAUUCACGACGCCGACAUACACGUUCAACACCUCCGUCUCCGCUUCCGCCGGCCAGGUGUUCACGACUGGACUCGCCAACGCGACCUACACCCCCGCGCUCAACGCCAAGAGCCUGAACGCGACGAGGCUCGCGACGCUCCUCCCGUCCCCAACGGCGGUCACGCUCAUCAUCACGGACACGAACGGCCAGAUCGUCACGACGGUCUCGCACGCCUCCUCGACGGUCACACUUGGGGUCAUCCCCGGUUGGACGCAGAGCGGUGCGCGCGCAGGGCGCGUCGCGUCUACGCUCACCGCUGGGGGCGCAAUCGGGGUCGCGGCCGCGCACUCACCUUGA